AGGCUCUCUGGCCUUCCCACUAUAUAAAUUCGGACUGAGGAGGAGUCCCUCUUUGGCCAUUCAUUAGUAAAUGGACGUACAUAUGCUAUUUUACCCCUGAACCUCCAAGCUCCAGGUUAGGCACGAGCUUCGCCUCCCUACCUAGUCGCGUGCCCUCUUCCGCAUCGUCGAAUGCUGGCGCCUUGCUCAACAUGCAUUUCUCUACGCAAACACUCCCGCUCGCUAUUUCUUUUUUCGCUCUUUCGGCGAAUGCCAUCAGUCUCUCUACUGACAGUACCGAUUCUAUCAAAGAUGUUGCCAAGACUCUUGCCGGAGGCAUAAUUCGGACGUAUGAGGACGCCACAUCCGACAAUGGCCCACCCGGUCUCUUCGGUGACGAUUACUACUGGUGGGAAGCUGGAGCUGUCUGGGAUGCCCUGGUGCAGUACCAGACCUUGACCGCCGACAAGCAGUACAGCGAUCUCAUCGGGCAAGCUCUCCAAUUCCAAAGAGGGCCGAACGAUGAUUACAUGACGCCCAAUCAGACGAAGUCUUUGGGCAACGAUGACCAGUCCACGUGGGGGCUCGCGGCCCUUUCCGCCGCUGAAAUGAACUUCCCCAACCCCAAUCCAUCAUCCCAAUGGCUUAACAUCUCCAAGAACGUCUUCGACCUCCAAGCCGCCCGCUGGGACACCUCCACUUGCGAUGGCGGUCUCCGCUGGCAGAUCUUCACUUUCAACAAUGGCUACAACUACAAAAACACCUUCAGCAAUGGCAACUUCUUCCUUCUCGCCGCUCGCCUGGCCCAAUUUACUAGCAACACCACCUACGCCACUUGGGCUGAGAAGACCUACAAUUGGACCCAGUCCGUCGGCCUGCUCACCGACGACUACCACGUCUACGACGGCGCUGUCACCACGACCAAUUGUUCGUCUCCUAACCACAUCGAAUGGACCAGUGUCUUCGGCGCAUACCUCUACGGCUCGGCGGUUAUGUACAACUUAACCAACGCAUCCCCGCUCUGGAAAUCCCGCGUCUCCGGCUUCGUAAACGCAACCGACCGCUUUGCCUCCUACUCCGGCGCCCCAGGCAUCCUCAACGAGCCCGCAUGCGAACCGAAUGGAAAGUGCGACACGGACCAGAUCGCUUUCAAGGGCCAGUUCGCGUCCAGCAUUUCGCGCGCGACGCUCGCGGCGCCCUUUACGUCCGAUAAGCUCUUGAGUAUUCUCUCUACCUCUGCGGAAGCGGCGGCGAGUCAUUGCGUACAGCGGAGGCAGCUUUUCAACGGAAGUAGCAUCGUUUGUAGCGAUCAGUGGUAUAAGGAGGGUGCCGAUGGCGCGGAUGAAGGGGGCUUGGGAGAGAUUUUGAGUGCUUUGGGGGUUGUGCAGGGGUUGUUGGUGAAAGAGACGAAUGGGACUUUGACUGUGGGUGGAAACAACAAUAACACGGUAACGCCGUCGGGUACUGUUACUGGGAGCGCGAGUGCGACGGCGGCGCCGAGUGCGACGGGGACGGGUAUGGCGGGGCAUCUUGCGGCGGGUUGGAGUUUUGUGGGUGCGAUGGGAUUGGCGGCGACUCUGGUGGGAGCUUUGUAAGGGAAGGCCAUGAAGUAGUAUAUACUAGGCUCUGAAAACUCCGGAUACGAUUUAAAGAUCACCGCGGUUAAAUGAGACUACCUUUUAGUUACAUGAAGACGUGUUAGCUAAGGUACUCCUUGCGGUCGGGUCGAAAGAGCAAGCGUGGAGCCCGAGUAGCGUUAUAUCCAUGUGCCCAGAUUUAUGACCAAGCGCUGUAAGCAUCUAGAAAAACCCAGCAAAUCAACUGACCAUGGCGCCUACGAAUAAAGCUAGCUACACGAG